AUGUCAAAGCCCACACUCCUAUUUUGCCCUGGAGCUUGGCAUACUACCAAUUUCUUCGACAAAGUCAUUGCUAUCCUUAAGCCGUUGGGAUACCGGUGUAUCACGAUCCCGAUGCCGAGUGUUGGAAGCGUACCUGCGACAAAAGGUAUUGAUGAAGAUAUUGCAGCUAUAAGAACGGCCAUCCUGAAAGAGCUACAAGGAGGCAGGGACGUUGUGAUAAAUGCCCACAGCUGGGCUGGAAUCCCUGUAUCUAGUGGUCUCUAUGGCCUUGGAAAAGAUGAGAGGCAACGCGAUGGAUCCAAUGGAGCGGUCAUGAAGUUGACCUUUGUAUCUUCUUUUGUCAUCCCAGAGGGCAUGAGCCUACUCGAUACGAUGGGUGGAAAACCAGAUGCAUGGGUCAUUGACGAAGACGGCAACAUUCCUCUCCAGGCUUCCAUGAUUGACAAGAUCUAUCAUGACGUCCCGCGCGAAGAAGCGGAGGAAAGUGCUGCUGCGCUCAGACCUCAUUCACUAGCAUCGUUGCACGCAAAGACGAGGUCACCUGCAGCAUGGAGGAUGAUUCCUGUGGCAUACUUGAUCUGCGAAGACGACAAACUUAUCCCUGCUACAAUCCAGGAGGGCAUGGUGGAUCACAUGAGAAAAGCGGGAACGACUGUAUCGGUUGAACGAGUGGCCUCCUCCCAUUGUCCAUACCUCUCACGACCGGGAGAAGUAGCAGGUUUUUUAAGGAGGGCAGCCGGAGAGGUGUUCAAUGAUUAG